AAACGGAUCACAUCCCAGCCCGCUUUGAGGCUUUGAAGGUUGGUUGACAUUGCACUUAUUGUUACCCAGCCAUGGAUUGGUAAAACAUAGCCGAGCAGAUUUGAUGGAUGGCGAUUGGGAGGAAGUCGGGCGCUUGCUCCUUCCGCCUCCUGGACCUCAAGCGCUCCCAACGCCCGUAUCGACAUUUGCAUUCGAUAACUCGCAGGAACUGUUGUGGUGCGGGAAUCAAUUCGGACGCGUCUCUGCUUUCUACGGCAAUGAGCUCCAACGAUAUACCUCCUUCAAAUGCGGAGAUGGACCGGUUCACCAGUUGCUAUUCCACGAGAAAGGAAUUGUUGCGUUGGGGUCCAAAAGUGUACACAUGGCAAUGAGGAGGGGCCCUCCAAUAUGGCAUAUCACUCACAAUGAGAUGAAGGAUCUCCGAUGCAUGAGUUACACGAAUAAAGGGACAGGGGAGAUCCUAGUUGCCGGGCUACAAGACCAGAUGUUUAUAAUUGACGUAGAGAAGGGCACUAUCGUCAAGCAGGUCCCAACCAGUGAUCAAUAUACUAUGAUGAGGAGGAGUCGAUAUAUUUGCGCCGCCACUCAGAGAGGCUCCAUCAAUAUACUAGACCCUUCAGACUUUCGUGUUAUCAAAGUCUGGAAUGCCCAUUCCUCCCUGAUUCACGAUAUGGAUGCACAAAAUGACUUCAUUGUCAGUUGUGGAUGCCAACUACGACAAGGGCAGCCGUAUAUUCUAGAUGUGAUGGUCAAUGUCUUUGACCUGAAGAACAUGGUUGCCUCGAGUCCGGUUCCGUUUCCUGCUGGGGCAGCAUACCUACGGAUGCAUCCGCGAAUGUCAACAACACUGAUUGUUGUAUCCCAGCAUGGCCAAAUGCAUAUAGUUGAUCUCAUGAACCCGAAUUCAAGCAACAUAAAGCAAGUAAGCACUCUGGCCUACAUAAGCAUGAUUGAAAUUGCACCAUCUGGAGAGGCGGUUGUCCUAGCAGAUGCUGAAUGUAACAUCCACCUGUGGGGAUCUCCUUCGAGAAUGCGUUUCGGAGAUGUCAGUAAUCCAGUAGAAUUUGCUGAGCCGGAAGAAUCCCAUAUCGAGGUUGAUUGGAGUCCCAACACACCUUUGAGUAGCAUCGGCAUGCCAUAUUAUCGUGAGCAACUGCUCUCAUCAUGGCCUAGCCACUUGGUCUUUGAAACUGGUGCUCCACCUCCAAAGAUAGACCAGCAGUUUCUGUCGUCGUUGAAGGUGACUGAAUGGGGUGGAUACGGACGCAACAACCGCGCCACGAAGAGAAACCAGAUCGAAAAUACUCGAACGUUUGAGAAGACUCCUGCCAGCUUGCAGGCGCCCAAGUUCCUCAGUGAGAAGGCGAGAGAGGCGUCCAAUGACGGAUCUGGUGAACGUCGAUCUAGCACCGCCGAUGACAUUGGGGCCAAUGAGGUUUUGAGUCUGAAAGCAGAUGUUCCCGUAUGGUAUGAAAAUGUAGAGAUCAAGUACAGCAAAUUUGGUGUGGAUGACUUUGAUUUCGGAUAUUACAACAAAACAAAGUAUUCUGGACUGGAAAUUCACAUCCCAAAUUCCUACGCCAAUCCAUUGUUGCAGAUCUUACACUUCACUCCUCUCAUCCGCAAUCUUGCUCUGCAACAUACCGCAACAAGGUGUGUCAAUGAGCUGUGCCUGCUGUGUGAGAUGGGCUUCUUGUUUGACAUGCUUGAAAGGGCUGAAGGGUCUAUUUGCCAGGCUACCAACUUCUUGAAGACUUUCAGCUACCAGCCACAAGCUGGACCACUGGGUCUGUUGGAAGAGGAUGCAUUAGGCUCUUCCCUCACAACUAUGUUGCAAGGGCUGAACCGCUUCUUGUUGGAUCGACUAACACAAGAUUGGAAAAGUAUACUUCCACAGAAUCCAGUAUUUGAUCAGAUUUUGGCAACUUCGGCAACAACUGGGAUUCGCUGCAUGGCAUGCCGAAGCGAACACACCAGACCUGGGACUACUACCUUUGUCAAUGAAUUACUUUACCCACUGCCCAAAAUCCUCGUGCGAAAUGCAAGAGCCCAGAAGCCAUCGUUUUCCCAAAUUCUCAAAUCCAGUGUUGAACGGGAGACAACCAGUAGAGGAUGGUGUAGUAGAUGCCAGAGAUACCAAUCUCUUGCGACCAAAAAGACCAUCCAUGGUGUACCAGCUAUCUUGAUGCUCAAUGCUGCCGUCAACAGUCCCGAAGCCAAACAAUUCUGGGCUGUGCCAGGAUGGUUGCCAGAAGAAAUCGGGAUAAUUAUCGACCAAGGACAGUUCUUCUGCUACCAGGGUGAUGACUUGAAGCUCCAUAUUCAAAGGGGCAUGCACAAUAUAACGGUGUACUCUUUGGUCGGAGUGGCUGCCGAAAUUAUGAGCGGUAUAAACCAGAAAGCACAUCUUGUUUCACUUGUAAACGUCGCCCACUCACUCCAGACUAAGCCAGAGGAGAGUAGAUGGCAUCUGUUCAAUGAUUUUCUGGUACGCCCUAUCAAAGCGGCGGAGGCACUCACUUUCAACACAACUUGGAAACUACCUUCUGUGAUCACGUAUCAAGUCAAGGCAUAUAACAAUAAGAUCGACGAUAUCUGGAAACAAACAUUGGAUACUAAAGUUCUUUACAUGGACACCAAUGCCAACCCUGUGAAAACAUAUCGACCUCUAGCAUUCCCCCAAGAGGCCCCAGUCGAGGGGACCAUAAUUGCCCUCGACACCGAAUUCGUCUCCGUCCGCCGCCCCGAGAUAGAAGUAAAUGCGAAAGGAGACCGCACAACCGUCAGACCUAUCGUAUAUGCCCUCGCCCGGGUUUCAGUCGUCCGCUGCUCUGGCGAAGACGAAGGACUCCCCUUCAUCGACGACUACAUCCACAUCCGAGACACCGUAGUCGACUACCUAACCGAGUACUCGGGCAUCCGAAAAGGGGAUCUUGACCCUGGAGUCUCCAAGCACAACCUUGUCGCUCUAAAAGUUGUAUACAAGAAACUAUGGAUCCUGCUCAACCUCGGCUGCCGCUUCCUUGGCCACGGUCUUAAGCAAGACUUCCGCGUGCUGAAUGUCCACAUACCCAAGAGCAAAGUCAUCGACACUAUCGAUCUCUUCUACAGUGCUUCACACCUCCGCCGUCUCUCCCUCUCGUUUCUGGCAUCUUACCUCCUGAAAGAGGAAAUCCAACUCGAGACCCAUGAUAGUAUUGAAGAUGCACGCACCGCGCUCAAACUGUAUAAAAAGUUCCUGGAGUUUCAAGAUGCAGGGAUCUUGGAGCUUAUGAUUCAGGAUAUCUAUCAGAAUGGGAGGAGUAUGGGCUUUAAGGCUCCCGCCGCGAGAAAAGACGGCCUUCUGAUUGAAAGGACACAAACACCGGAGUUGGGCGUUGAGGGGGCGCAUCAUGGAGGUGCUGCUUCGGGGUCAAGAUCAGGUCCUACGACACCGAUUAGGAAACCGAUUGGAUUGGCGCCUGGCACCGGGAGUACGACUUUUAGUUCCGGGUGGACGCCUGGGAAAGGGGGAGCUACGCCUGGGAAAGGGGGAGCUUUGGGUGGAUCGCCUUUGAGGUAGGUAGACUGUAAGGUAGGGAAACUUAAAGUAUUAUAGAUACUAGAUGGAAGCAUGGAGGAAUGAAAGGAGCACUGCUAUUGUGAUGAUCAUCUGACAAA